CAAACAGGAGAUGUGUUUACACACUCCCACACUAUAUCUGACUUUAUUAUUUCACAGCGGUUCACAAUCAAAGCCAGUCGAGCAAACAACUCCUCUUUUAAUUUUACAUUUAUACUUCCCUUAGAAAACCGAAUAUCUGAAGAUAUAGUGUAGUGUUUGUACCGGCUCUCUUAUUCUGAAGGCAGGUCAUGUCAUUGUUUAACCAUUAAACUACUGCGCCCAGCCCUCUGCUUAUGAUCUCUGACCACUGCAUAUCUGACAAACACAUCAUAGCGUUCAUCCACAUACGAAGAUGAUCACCAGAAUUCUUCUGCUCCUAUUUCUGCCGUCUGUGAUAGCACAGGAUCUCUGUGAAGAUGGUAAAGACGGAUAUAAAGUCCGACUCAGCAUUAAGACGGCUCUUGGAGAUAAAGCUUAUGAUUGGAACGAGAGCGAGAUGUUCCUCUUCAGAUCUUCUUUGGCAUUCGCCAUGAGGAAAUACACCCAGGAAGAGAAGUUUGAAAUCUCAAACAUACUGGUGUGUAAUGAGACCAAACGCGUGUCGUUCGUGUUCGUGGUGACAUCACCAAAUGACUCAACCAAACUGAUUCCCAAAGAUCAAGUGGCAUCUGCAGUGAGGAAGCAUAGGCAUCGCCUCAACAGUGCGUUUCUGCUAUCAGACGGUACUCUUGAAUUUGUGGGAAUUCCACCAACACUGGCAACCCCCAUCACAUACAGCACUCAACCGUGGCUCAUCGUGUUUGGAGUCGUGAUAGGAGCCGUGGCCGUGGGGAUUUUAUCUGUACUGAUGUCCACCAUGACCAGACGAAGACGCAGAGCUGCAGAUAAAGGCAUUGAUUCAGGCAAAGAGGAAGAACGAAUAGAAGGAUUUGUCAAAGAGAAUGGAACAUCACUUACACGCCUGGACUCAAAAGAUGGCGACUAUAAUAAGGCAUUCUCCAAUGAUGAGCGCUUCACAAAGCUGUGAGACCCGAUGAGACCACUCCGCACCUUUAAAUCAUUCACUACCAGAGAAAUAUAUUCUAAAUGUCUAUGGUUUAUUUGUUAUUUAUGAGUUUUGAAAGAGUUCAAAGAUGAGGAACUCAAACAUACUUCCUAUAACAGAAAGGUUUGUAUGAUAAAUUUCUCUCUACAAUCUAUAAAAUGCUGUGUUGGUUCAGGUGGGGUAAAAUAGGGACAAACCCAACUGUUGUUUUAAUCUAGAAAUCUUUCAUCUUCAUUUGACUCAACCAUGGCUUGAAACAACCCAGCACAGGUUCACUUACCUGCUUCAACUGCAAAUGUCACUUCACAGUUUGAUCCUUUCCUGGACGUUGUUACAAAGUAAACUAUUGUUUGCUUUCUCGGCAGGAAAUGCUUGAGUGUGAAUGAUAUUCUCAGUUACUUGUUUGUUCAGCAUUUAAUGACUUAUCCAACAGAAUGAAUCAUUUAUGAACAGUGUUGGGCAAGUUACUCUGAAAAAGUAAUUCAUUAUUAGUUACAUAAUUACAUAUUCAAUAGUGUAAUUAGAUUACUGUUCAAAUGACUCUCUCCAAAAAGUGUUUAAUUAUUUUACUAAUUACUUUCUAUGUCAACCUUGAUUAGUUCAAGACAUGAAACUGCUCAUUUAAUUCAUUCAAAUAAAUAAUAUAAAACUACAUAAAG